UGGCCUCGCGCGACAAAUCACAAAUCUAAUCGGGAUGAGGCAAGCGCUCGUUUUUUUCUCUUUUCCCUAAUUUUGACGGAAAAUUUCCAGCACUUUCUCGAGAACCAAACAAGCAAGCUAUCUCGCUCUUCUCCAUAAUCCAAAUCUGCAAUUAUCGGCCGUCGAUUAUUUUCCUCUAUGUCGACCUCGGGGACGCCCCAGUUCCGUUAUACGCAGACUCCAUCGAAGGUCCUUCACCUCCGAAACCUACCUUGGGAGUGCACGGAAGAGGAGCUUAUCGAGCUAUGCCAACCCUUCGGUAAGAUCGUCAACACCAAGUGCAAUGUCGGCGCCAACCGCAACCAGGCUUUCGUUGAAUUUGCAGAUUUAAAUCAGGCCAUUUCUAUGGUUUCAUAUUAUGCUUCUUCUUCAGAGCCCGCCCAAGUUCGUGGUAAAACUGUAUAUAUACAAUAUUCGAAUAGACAUGAAAUUGUCAACAAUAAAAGUCCCGGAGAUGUUCCUGGGAAUGUCCUGUUGGUGACAAUUGAGGGUGUAGAAGCUGGUGAUGUGAGCAUUGAUGUUAUUCACUUGGUUUUUUCUGCUUUUGGCUUUGUGCACAAAAUUGCUACAUUUGAAAAGGCUGCAGGUUUUCAGGCAUUGAUUCAGUUCAGUGAUUCUGAUACUGCAUCUUCGGCCAGAAAUGCUUUGGAUGGAAGAAGUAUACCCAGGUAUUUGCUUCCAGAGCAUCUUGGUUCAUGCCACUUGCGUAUUUCUUAUUCUGCACACACUGAUCUAAACAUCAAGUUUCAGUCUCACCGAAGCAGGGACUAUACAAAUCCAUACCUUCCUGUGAAUCCUACUGCAAUAGAGGGAAUUGUGCAGCCCGCUUUAGGUCCUGACGGUAAAAAGAAAGAGCCAGAGAGUAAUGUGCUUCUUGCUUCAAUUGAGAAUAUGCAAUAUGCUGUUACUGUGGAUGUUCUUCACACGGUGUUUUCUGCUUUUGGUACUGUCCAGAAAAUUGCUAUAUUUGAGAAGAAUGGCCAAACACAGGCAUUAGUCCAAUACCCUGAUCUCACUACCGCAGCAGUUGCCAGAGAAGCUUUAGAGGGACAUUGCAUAUAUGAUGGUGGCUAUUGUAAGCUUCAUCUAUCAUACUCUCGUCAUACUGAUCUCAAUGUGAAGGCUUUCAGUGACAAAAGUAGAGAUUAUACCAUUCCAGAUGCUAGUUUGCUUGCAGCACAACAAGCUUCAAGUCUCCCCCCUGCUCCGCCUGUGUGGCAGAAUCCUCAGUCUGCUCAAAUGUACCCAGGGAAUGACUUUGGUGCCACAGCAGCUGCACAUGCUCAAAUUCCGCGUGGUCAGGUGGCAUCGUGGGAUCCUAACAUGCAGGCAGGAAGAUUGACUUUUGUACCGGCUGCUAGUUCCUAUCCCAGUCAAAACUUUGCAGCAGCUUCGGUUCCGGCAUACGCCACUGCAGCAACAUCAGGUGGUUCCUUGCCUCUAUCCCAAAGGAGCCCAAUUACAUCUGGUGUGCCUUCUUCAGUAAUAACACAGCCAGGAGUUCCACCGAAUUUGCGGCCUGGUGGUGCUUCACCUCCAGGAGUGCAACCUGGUGGUGUUUCACCCCCUGGCCAAUCUUAUUAUGGUCAAUAGGUUGUAUUUUACUUCUUUUUUCCUUUUUCCUUUUUUUCUUUUUUCUUUUUUUUUUUUUGGUUGUUUUAUUUUCUUAACUGAAUGCAAGUUAAUACUGUUUCUAGCUCCUUUCCUUGCGGGAAUAUCUGGCAAAAAAACACAAAAAAUUCACACCCAAAUUCAAUUGCAGCUUCUGAAUCUCAAAUUGUCUUA